AUGGACGUGCCUCCUUAUUGUAAGCACUUCAAAGUACACGGUUGCCACUUGAAUUCCUUUGCAUGCAAAUGUGUUGUUUUAGCUUUCAUUGCUCUGAUUCUCAGAGCUGUUCUGCUUCCUACGUUCCAUAGUUUUGGUGGAGCUGAACAGAGCAAGUUGGUCUUCAUCAGUGACCUCUCUUUGUCACUCGGUCAUAAAUUCGGAAUUAGAAAAGAUAAGUUUUUGGAGGUUCCUCAAAUUGUAUGGGGCUUAAACAAUCAAAAGAUUGCGUUUGCAAGAGCUUGUUUAACUGCAAGGUUUCUGAACCGGACUCUUUUGAUGCCUAGCUUGAGUGCUUCCCUGUUCUACAAAGAAGUCGAGCUCUUGGAGCCUAUUUCCUUUGAUAAGGUGUUCCAGUUCAAGAAGUUUAAUUCUCUCUGUAAUGGCUUUGUUCAACUGGGCGAGUUCUCGGAUCUUAGAAACCAAACGGGAGCCUUUGAGCUUCAGAAAGGAAGUGGAAGGAGGUGGACACCUGAGAGAGAUUUGGAUCAGUUGAAACAGCACAAUGAGGAUCCAUAUAAUGAGUUUGACGUGAUUCGAAUCAUUGGAAAGAAACCCGUUUCUGUGGCACGAUCAUUGGCCUGUGAAGGACUAUGCGAAGGUGUUUGA